AUGCUCAAACCAGUAAGCGAGUACUUCUCCACCCUCCAGAAACAAAUCUCAGGGUCGCUGUGGCCACAACGCCGGGUGCUCAUGGUAGGAUCCGCAGCAGGAGGCAAGACCACAAUACUAUACCAACUCAAGCUUGGCGAAACCGUCACCACCAUCCCCACGACCGGAUUCAAUGUCGAGACCCUCACACCUACCCUGGGUGUAGAGUUCACCAUUUGGGAGCAUAUCACCUUCCAGCAGACGAAAUUUGCGAUCUGGGACCUGAACGGCAGACUGGAUGCAAUCGGGAUUGUUUAUGUGGUGGAUUCUUCGGAGGAGGACUUCAUGGAGGAGGCAAAGAUUGCUCUGUGGAGACUUUUUGAGAAGGCUGAGGAGUUGAGGGAUGUGGUGUUGUUGGUGUUUGCUGACAGGGCCAGAUCGGUUGAACGCAUUGACUGUCAUAGAGGUGAAGAGCCGGAUGAGGCUUGA